CAUUCAUUCAAUUCGGAAGCGAACGUCAACCAAGUAGGACGCUGUUAUCGCGUCUUUCCUAUUGUUGACUCUAUAGACCGUGUUUAUUGUGUUCGUGUUUGUUUAUUUGUUAUAUUGAAUGAAAAUGUAUAAAUAAAUGUAAUAUUAUGUGUGAGACUGUUAUUUUAUGAAUAAUGUUUUGACCAUUCAGUGUUAAAUGAAACGGCUGUCAAUGCAGUUCAUGAGAAUUUGACAUUUAAAUGUUGUUGUUGUAACAACAACACAAGCGACUGCAGGCAAAAAUUGUGGCACCGUAGCGGCGGCUUGUUGGCGUUGCGGCUGCUUGUAGACCAAAUUCGCGGACGCGGACGCACCCACCCAAAUCCAAAACCAAAGCCCCAAUUCCAAUUUGCUGUGUAACUAAGCGCAAGUGAGUGUGCCUGUGUGUGUAUAUAUAUAUAUAUAUUACGUGUGUGUGUAUGCGCGGGCGAGGCAGGGACAGGAGCAUGGGCUGCCCAGCCGGUUUCGUUGCGCGAGUUAAUUGACAACAAAAAAUAAGCAAAAUAUACAUAUACAAAGAAAGAAGCAUAAAGCGUAUGAGCAAAUAUCGGCUAAUAAAGCAUGCAACAACAAUCGAGAAACGCUGCAAACAAAUGCUUAAGUGUUUGUGCAUGUGCAAGCACACACACAACUAUAUGCAUGUUCGUUGUGUGUGUGCGUGUGUGCAGGUUUUCAACUGAAGCUGUUCCACGCCAACAACAAGAACAAUAACAAUCCUCACCAUGCAAACCUGGCAUUGAGUGAGAGGUUCCUGCAUUACUUCUAUAAUUAGUACGGAGCUAGCUCGACUAUUAGUUCCCACAACAACGCCUCAACUCAACCAACAAUACCCGCCCACGCAUUGAGAAACGCCAUGCAACGUCCGGACCAGCUUCAAUUGGCCAUUCUUGUGUACCUCUGCUGCUGCUGCUGCUGGUUGACAGUUAAUGCGCACAACUGCCAGCACCAACACCCCAAAGCCCACGAGGUCAUCCACGGCGUGCGCAUACACGAUGAUACCGAAGCUGUCGAUGACGUCGCCGGCGAGCACUCCGAGGGGAACUGGAACGGCAACGGAAACCAGGCGGCGCACAGCGUGCGACGGCGCAGCCUUGUGGCCGAUCAACCACUGCGCAUUCUGCUUGUCUACGAUGAUUCAGUGUACAGAUUAGAAGAAGAGAAAUUCAAUUUAAUUAAUGACACCGUGCUGCCCGAGGCAGUGCAAUUCUGGGAACAGGCGUUGAUGGUGCGCGAGACGAAGGGCGUCAUCCGGCUUAAUCGUAAAUGCGAUAGCACCCAGGUGUAUGUGAAGAAUGGACACACCCACUGCAUUGACCAUUGCAAGACGACGACCAUGUGCGGCGAGGUGGUGGUGCCCAACGAGCAUCUGGAUGUGUGUCGCGUGUGCAACAGCACGGGUCAGAAUUGUCGCAUCGACAACAAUACGAAGCCUGGAGAAGGCAUCGAGAACGCAGACUUUGUCUUCUAUGUCUCGGCAAGGCAGACGCAGCGCUGCUUCAAGGGACUGACCGUGGCAUAUGCGGCUCAUUGUCAGCAGGAGGCGCUGUUGGAUCGACCCAUAGCGGGACAUGCUAACCUGUGUCCGGAAAGCAUCAGCACCAAGCCACAGGAGCUGCAGACCUUGAUAUCGACAGUGAAGCAUGAGAUUCUCCAUGCGCUCGGCUUUUCGGUUAGUCUAUACGCCUUCUUCAGGGACGAUAACGGAAAGCCUCGUACGCCGCGCAAAGCGGACACGGGCAAGCCCUAUUUGAAUGAAAAAUUGCAGAUCCAUCAGUGGAGCAACGAGACCAUUCGCAAAGUGGAGCGUCACAAUUGGGCAGUGCGCGGAGGCCAUGUGAAGAAAGUUGUGGAUAUGUUGGUCACGCCACGUGUGGUUGCUGAGGUUCGAGCCCACUUCAAUUGCAAUAAACUGGAGGGUGCCGAGCUAGAAGAUCAGGGUGGCGAAGGUACUGCCCUCACCCAUUGGGAGAAGCGCAUCCUCGAGAACGAAGCUAUGACGGGCACACACACUCAGUCGCCAGUCUUUUCGCGCAUAACACUGGCCUUGAUGGAGGACUCGGGCUGGUAUCGUGCCAACUAUUCGAUGGCCUCCCCGUUGACCUGGGGCAAGGGCUUGGGCUGCAUGUUCGCCAUGCGCAGCUGCAAGGAGUGGAUACAAAUGAACCAUGACAGGGGGCGUUCCAUACAUCCGUUCUGCUCGAAAGUCAAACAGGAUCCACUGCAAACGGAAUGCACAGACGAUCGCAAUUCUGUGGCCCUUUGCAAUCUCAUUAAGCAUGAGUACGAGCUGCCCAAGGCCUAUCAGAAUUUCGACAGUCUCAGCAACAUCAAGUCCGGUGAGGAGGGCUUCUAUGGCGGCUCUGUUUCCCUAGCGGAUCACUGCCCCUACAUACAAGAGUUCACCUGGCGCAGCAAGAAUGUCAUUGUGCGCGGCUCUCACUGUCGCUUCGUCGAGAAUAAUCCCAAGCCCGAAAAGAACUUUGCUCUGGAGAGCUACGGGCAUGGCUCCAAAUGCUUCGAUCACAGUGAAGCCAUGUGGGAGGAGCGUUCUUGCCACCAGACUCGUGAGUGGCAGCAUUGGGGCAGCGGCUGCUACAAAUACAAAUGCUUCGAUGGCCGGCUGCACAUUCUAGUUGGCAACUAUAGCUACAAAUGCUCGUUUCCUGGGCAAAAGCUCUCCAUACGCAUCGCUGCGAAUGGUUGGCUACAUAAAGGCGCCAUAAUGUGUCCACCUUGCCAUGAGAUGUGCGGCGCCCAGUUUGCCGCCGAAGGUAAACAAUGUCGACCAGGCGAGGAGCCCGAUCCACUGAACAAGUAUCCACGGGAUAAUCUUGCAUGCGACGCCGAUGCAAAGCGUCCAACUUUGGCCAUAUUCAGCGCUGUGCUGUUAGCUGUCCUGAGCUAUCUUAGACUUAUUUAAGUCAUUAAAUCAGGCGCAGCUCAAUGUUCUAUAUGUGUUUAGAAGAAUUUGUAAAUGUAUAUGUGUACAAUAUGCUCAAUUUGUCUAACUGUAAGCCUUAGUUGUAUUAUCUAUAUUAAUUUUGUAUGUAUAGUUCGAAUUGUAUUUUAUCCCCAUAUGUGAUCUUUACUAAGGAAAUGCUGAAACGUUGUAUUAGAAUCGGGUCCAGGUAGGUGAAAAGUUUGCUCUUACGAAGGUGUAUUUUUUUUCUCAAUAUGACGUUCAAGCACAGCUCUUAAGUAUUCCUCUUCUGCGCUGAUCUAAACAUUCCAAAGUUUUGCCACUUUUACAUUUACUCAAACGAAUUGUUACAAUCCCAACUAUUGUUUAUUAAUUAUAAUAAUAGAGCCGAUUGUGACAUAUUCAAUAUUAUUUUUAUUUGUUAUUACAUCUACAAAAAUCUUUGUUAUUUAUUGUUUCGAAAUUCGUUCGUUAUAUUUCUUGUGAUUUGUGUGUUGGCAAUUUUGUCUAAGCUGUUUGGGCUCGCGUUGGCCAAUUUUAUACCAUCCUAGCAGCAUUUAGGAUCUAUACAACCACCCGGAAAAUUUUCUAAUUUCCCUAUUCUAGUAACUAAGCUAUAUUUGUGAAUAAAGUCUACUGUAUAUGUGAAUAUACCAAACAAAUU